GAGUUCCGAUAAGAUAUCUUGGCGCGAUAAUAUCACUUAUUCACACGAUCUAAUGUACUCUCUAAUUACAACUGCCAACUGUCUCAAAACAUUAACUGACACUUUUAUUUCUUAUAAAUAAUAAAUUACCAUAACAAAUGUAUUCGGUAAUAAAUUAUAAAAAAUUUUUCAUGAUAAUUAUUAGUAUCGAAAGUUUUGUUUUAAACGUCAACGGUUUAGAAUGUUAUGAGUGCGCAAAAAUCGCAACAUCACAUGUUUAUUGCAUUCAAAUACAUGACAACUUUAUAAAAACAUGUCCAAAAAAAUAUUGUACGAUUUAUCGUAAAGAAUUGCUCGAUAUUUAUGAGGGAAACAAUGAAUUACAAGAUCUAAUUCGUUCGUGCUCUGAUUCAAAAAAUUUUCCCGAAUCAAUUAAUUUAACAGAGAGCAAUAUCAGAUCAUUGAAUAUAAAUAGUUUAAGGAGUGACAGUGUUGUUAUUACGACAGGUAAUUACAAACAUUACUAUCAAACUUGUGAUAGAGAUCUUUGUAAUAGAGGUAAUGGAAUUGAUGGAGACGAUAAUGAUUUGGUAUCAAGUGUUAUCAUAGUGCCGGGUAUUGGUACUAAUUUAUCUGCACUUAUGACAAGUUCUAAUUAUUUUUCAUACCUCGUUUAUUUAAUUAUAAUUUAUUUAUUCAUGUAAGAACAAACUUGGAAUAAAUGAAAUUUAUUUUGACAGAUUUUAUCAUAUAUUUAUUU